UCGCCAUCGUCUGCCGCGACAUUUCUUCUCGAGAUCAUCGAAGAGCAACAACGUCGCGCCUCGAGCAUGUUCAAGUAUCUCGUCUUGGUCUUUGUGCUGCUCUCGCACGGGAUUCUAGAAUAUGCGGUCGGUUAUCCAAGUAGGAGUAAGCAAGUCAAGGAUCUCCAAAGUUUGGUGGACACGAAUCUCAAUUGCAGCGCGAUCACAGAGGAGAUGAGCAAGAAGCUGACGGUUACUAUGAACGGGAACAGUAAUUACCAUGUGGGCCAACAGAUCUUUUACGUGUACGACGAGCAACAAUUCAGGCAAUUAUUUUCCGAUUCUACGCACACGGAGAUCGUCGAGAAAGGCUAUCUCGUCACGCCCAAUAUAGGAGCCCACAAGCUUCAUCCUCGCAAAAUCACAUGGAACAACGCUCGUAGGGCGUGUAUUGACGAAGGAGGUCACUUGGCGAUUAUCAAUUCUAUUUCCGAGGAGAAGAUUCUCUUGCGCAUGUUGAAAGAGAGGAAUAUUGUUGAAGCCUAUGUCGGAUUACACGAUCUUUACGAGGAGGGUGACUGGGUCACUGUCACCGACGAGCCUUUCGAAAGCACCGGAUAUACCAGAUGGACGACUACAUUCGCGAAUCUGCCUGACAACUUCGGUGGCUCGCAGAAUUGCGGUGUGAUUCGAGAGGAGGGCGGCCUGGACGAUGUACAUUGUGGGUUGACGCAUUCCUUUUUCUGCGAGAUAACCUUGUAAAUCCGGCGGGAUAUCAGAGAUCGGUCGCAGAGUUUGACCGUCUCUGGUCGUUAUUUAUGCGCAUUUAUAGCAGUGUGUGUGUAUAUAAAUAAAUAAAUGAAUGGCCAUGUG